CUUUUGUCUAUAAAAUGUGCCUUCCCAUUUGUCUUCACAGUGGCAUGAGCUAAAUAAGGAUAGACAGGUACUCAAAAUGCCACUAUCAUAUAAGCUGUGCCUUAUAACAACACAGUUUUAGUACUCUAGCUGAUUUUUAACAACUUUUGUGUCUGAAAGCAGCCGGCAGAUCAGAUCACUAGCUGUUCGAAACUCCUGACAAAAUUUUAACUUAGGUACAAUGAUAAUUCUCAGGAUAAGUUUCUUCCUGGUUUUGUUGUGUAUCGAGCUUUUAUCUUCUUCAUACGCUGCAACAGACUCGAACACGUAUGUGGUCCACAUGGACAUGUCCAGAAUUGAAUCUUUAAACAAUUUCCCUCCAAAAUCUCCCGAAAAAUGGUACGAACAACUAAUCGAGUCCAUCAACAUUGCCUCAGAAGAUAUAAGUCCAAAUGCUCAACUCCUCUAUGUUUACGAGGACAUAAUCUCAGGCUUUUCGGCAAAACUCUCCACAAAACACCUCAGAUCCUUAAAAAAAGUCGAUGGCUUCCUCUCCGCCACCCGGGACGAACUACUCCAACUCCACACGACACACUCCCCUCGUUUUCUCGGGCUUCAGGAGAAAACGGGACUGUGGAGUUCCAAAAAUCUGGCCCAAGAUGUAAUUAUCGGGAUAAUCGAUACAGGAAUAUGGCCCGAGCACCUGAGUUUUUCUGGGUCGGGCCUACCUCCCGUGCCUUCCCGCUGGAAAGGUAAAUGCCAGCCGGGCCCGAAAUUCCCUGCCUCGAAAUGCAACAGAAAGCUCAUUGGCGCUGGCGCAUUUUACAAAGCGUACGAAGCCAUUGCCGGAAGAAUAAACGAGACGUUAGAUUACAGGUCGGCUCGCGACUCUCAGGGCCACGGCACGCAUACUGCUUCAACCGCAGGUGGCAAUCUAGUAAAAGGCGCCAACUUUCUAGGCCUGGCCAAGGGAAAAGCUGCUGGCAUGAGGUACACGGCUCGACUGGCGGCAUACAAAGCAUGUUACACGUUGGGGUGCACGAGUUCCGAUAUAUUAGCUGCCAUGGAGAAGGCAUUGGCAGAUGGUGUAGAUAUUCUGUCACUCUCUUUGGGAGGUGCGCCUAAGCCAUAUUAUUUGGACAAUAUUGCCAUUGGAGCAUUUGGUGCCGUGCGUAGAGGAGUUAGCGUUGUUUUGUCGGCUGGGAAUGGAGGCCCGUUUGGCGGUACAGUCAGCAAUGCAGCCCCGUGGAUGAUGACAGUUGGCGCCAGCUACACGGACCGCCGGUUUUUUACCCGAGUCCGGUUGGGUGACGGGCGGGUUUUCACGGGCUCCUCGUUGUAUACGGGCAAACCAACUAAGAUGUUACCAUUGGUGUAUGGAGAAAGCAGAGAAGCCCAGCUUUGCACCAGCAGCUCCCUGUCUCCAAAACAGGUCGAGGGCAAAAUCGUCAUUUGCGACAGAGGAGGAGCCAACGGCCGAGUCUCGAAAGGCGAAGUCGUGAAGUCGGCCGGUGGGGCCGGCAUGAUCCUCGCCAACGACCAAAUCCGAGGCGAAGAACUCUUCGCCGACCCGCACAUUCUACCCGCCACGUCACUCGGAGCAUCCGCAUCGAAUGCCGUCAAAAGUUACACGUCAUCAUCAUCAUCGUCAUCAUUCCCCACGGCCGCCAUUGAGUUCUUGGGCGACGUGUACGAAAACCGAGCGCCUGUCAUGGCCGCAUUCUCCUCCCGUGGGCCCAGCCUGGUCGGGCCCGACAUCGUCAAGCCCGACGUGACUGGCCCGGGAGUGGACAUCCUCGCCGCAUGGCCCGAGAAUCUCAGCCCAACUGAGCUCGACUCGGACAAAAGGCGCGUUCGGUUCAAUAUACUUUCCGGAACUUCCAUGUCGUGCCCCCACGUGAGUGGGCUGAUCGGGCUUUUGAAGUCCGUGCACGCCAGCUGGUCACCGGCCGCGUUGAAAUCGGCCCUGAUGACAACGGCCCGGGCCCACGACUCGAUGAACGGGCCCAUUUCCGAUGCGGCGUUCAACGGGUCGGGUUUUGCGGGCCCGUUUGAAUUCGGGUCGGGCCAUGUGGAUCCGGAGCAGGCUUCUGAUCCGGGCCUGGUUUACGAUAUCUCGACCGAGGACUAUCUGGAUUACUUGUGCAGCCUGAACUACACCUCUGCACAAAUCAGGGUUUUUGCUGGUGGGGCUGCAUUUGCUUGCUCUGAUAAGCCUCCUAGUGACUUAAACUACCCUUCUUUUGCAGUAAAUUUAAGUAAAAACGGUGGGAAUUUUACUGUGGCUUACAUGAGGAGGACAGUUACAAAUGUUGGGAGUAAAGAGAGUUAUUAUUCUGUGAGGGUGGUUGAGCCAGAUGGGGUUCAUGUUGUUGUUCAGCCUGAAGUUCUUGAAUUUAGAGAAUUAGGAGAGAACUUGAGUUAUAGUGUGAGUUUUAUGGCACAAAGAGGUGAAGGGAUUAAUGUUGUGUAUACAGAUUUUUCAUUUGGGUCUUUAGAGUGGGUUUUUGGCAGGUAUUCUGUUAGGAGUCCUAUUGCUGUGACUUGGCUAACGCUGAUUUCUCGGAUUUUCAGGAAUAACAGUUCUGAUCCUCAAUCANCUCACCCAUUCGCCCACUCCCCUUCCGGCCACCUGAACUACCCUUACCCUCCCCUUUCCGGCCACCCCCCACCGGAUUAUGGCCCUUACCCUCCUUACCAGUACCCGCCUUACUCGGGCCCACAUUCUCAUCCUCCUGCCCAGGCCCAGCCCACCCUCCAGACCUACAGCAGCUUCCAGGGCUCGUUCCACUACCUCAACCACCAGCUGUCGGGCCAGCUUCACCCUCCCCCCGACUCUCAAUCCGAAGUGGGCCCACCGAGGCCCAAUAACAACGAUCCGCCCUCCAUUUCCGAAUCGUCGGUGAACAAUCAUUCUCCGAACUACCCCUCCAUUUACCCGCCCAUCGACGACCAGAUUUCGGGCCUUCAUUUAUCCGAAAGCCCGAGCAAACCGUCCGCCCCAGCCUCUCCCCCGGCCCCUUCAGCCGACCCCCCUCAGAAAUUCCACUCGGGCCCACUACCAAUGACCGGCAGCAACCAUCACAGGCCCGGGACAUUUCCCGGGCUCCAAAGUAACUCCUUCUCGGGCCCAACGGGCCGAAUGGAGUUGGGCUUCGGCUUGGGCUCGCAAGACAAUGUCCCGUACAGCGGUAACAACAUGCAGCUCGUGCAUGUCCCGUCACUCAAGACAUCUCUAAAAGUUCUACUUCUGCACGGGAACUUGGACAUUUGGGUGCACGAAGCUAAAAACCUCCCGAACAUGGAUAUGUUUCACAAGACUCUUGGAGACAUGUUCAAUAAGCUUCCGGGCAAUGUGGGCAGCAAAAUCGAGGGGCAGAUGAACCGGAAGAUCACGAGCGACCCGUACGUAUCGAUAACGAUAAUGGAGGCCACGCUUGGGAGGACUUACGUUAUAAGCAACGACGAGAAUCCCGUCUGGAAUCAGAACUUCAUAGUCCCUGUGGCCCAUAGUGCGGCCGAGGUUAAUUUCGUCGUGAAGGAUAAUGAUGUGGUGGGGUCGCAGCAUAUAGGGACUGUGUCAAUCCCUGUCGAGCAUAUAUAUGGAGGGGGUACUGUUCAGGGGUUUUUCCCCAUUCUUAAUGCGAGUGGAAAACCGUGCAAGGCAGGGGCUGUUUUGAGCCUCUCGAUACAGUAUUACCCGAUCGAGAAAUUGAGUGCUUAUCGUAAUGGGAUUGGGGCGGGUCCCGAUUAUGUGGGCGUUUUGGGUACGUAUUUUCCUCUCAGGCGAGGUGGGUCCGUGACACUGUACCAGGACGCGCAUGUACCGUCAAAUUCCCUCCCGAACCUGAAGCUCGACAACGGGAUGCAUUAUAUUCACGGGAAGUGCUGGCGUGAUAUAUUUGACGCGAUACGGCACGCGCGUCGGUUGAUUUAUAUCACGGGGUGGUCUGUGUGGCAUAAAGUUAGGCUCGUUAGGGAUGAUAAUUCGGUGUCUGAUUAUACGUUGGGCGAGCUUUUGAAGUCGAAAUCGCAGGAAGGAGUGAGGGUGCUGCUGCUCGUGUGGGAUGAUCCUACGUCGAGAAGCAUACUGGGAUACAAAACCGAUGGAGUCAUGCAAACUCAUGAUGAAGAAACUCGCCGUUUUUUCAAACAUUCUUCUGUUCAAGUGCUGCUUUGUCCUAGAGUGGCUGGAAAGCGUCACAGUUGGGUAAAGCAGAGGGAAGUUGGGGUCAUUUACACGCACCACCAGAAAACUGUUGUGGUCGAUGCUGAUGCAGGAAACAACAGACGAAGAAUUAUAGCUUUCUUGGGAGGGCUCGAUUUAUGUGACGGCCGAUAUGAUACUCCCGAGCACCCUAUAUUUAGAACUCUGCAAACUUUGCACUCAGAUGACUAUCACAACCCAACUUACGCGGGAAAUGUGGCUGGUUGUCCGAGAGAACCAUGGCACGAUCUGCACAGUAAGAUUGACGGGCCUGCAGCAUACGAUGUUUUGUCUAAUUUCGAGGAGCGGUGGCUAAAAGCCUCAAAGCCUCACGGGAUUAAAAAACUCAAGAUUUCGUACGAUGAUGCUUUGCUUCGGAUAGAAAGAAUGCCCGAAAUAUUGGGAUUGUCCGAUGCUCCAUGCGUGAGUGACGAAGAUCCUGAGGGUUGGCAUUGCCAGAUUUUCCGUUCCAUUGACUCGAAUUCUGUCAAAGGCUUCCCAAAGGAUCCUAAAGAGGGGACAAUGCGGAACUUGGUAUGUGGAAAGAAUGUUCUUAUAGACAUGAGCAUUCACACGGCAUAUGUGAAGGCCAUUCGUGCUGCACAACACUUCUUAUACAUUGAAAAUCAGUAUUUCAUCGGGUCAUCAUACAAUUGGAACCAAUACAAAGAUGUCGGUGCUAAUAAUUUGAUCCCAAUGGAAAUCGCGCUAAAAAUAGCCGAAAAAAUAAGAGCCCAUGAGAGAUUCGCUGCUUAUAUCGUCAUACCUAUGUGGCCGGAAGGCAAUCCUACAGGAGCCGCCACACAGAGGAUCUUAUUCUGGCAGAAUAAGACAAUGCAAAUGAUGUAUGAAACUAUAUACAAAGCUUUGGUGGAGGUCGGGCUCGAGGAUGCUUAUUCGCCGCAAGAUUAUUUGAAUUUUUACUGCCUUGGAAAUCGUGAGGCUGUCGAAGCUAAUGAUUUUUCUGAGACUCAACCUCCCACAAAUAAUCCUCAGGGACUCAGCCGAAAAAACCGUAGAUUCAUGAUUUACGUUCACUCGAAAGGGAUGAUUGUGGACGAUGAGUAUGUGAUAUUGGGGUCUGCAAACAUUAAUCAACGCUCUAUGGAGGGCACUCGAGACACUGAGAUUGCAAUGGGAGCCUAUCAACCUCACCACACGUGGGCUCGAAAACUAUCGAGCCCUCAAGGACAGAUUUACGGAUACAGAAUGUCUUUAUGGGCCGAGCAUCUUGGGUUCUUGGAGGAGUGCUUUACUCGGCCCGAAUCCCUUGAAUGUGUUCGGCGUGUAAGGUCAAUGGGGGAGACUAACUGGGAACAAUAUGCAUCACCCGACAUAACAGAGAUGAGGGGACAUUUACUUAAAUACCCUGUCGAGGUUGACCGACAGGGAAAAGUCAAACCUCUUCCGGGUAGCGAAACUUUUCCGGACGUCGGUGGGAAUAUAGUCGGCUCGUUUCUUGCGAUACAAGAAAAUCUAACUAUUUAAGGUAAUGUACAAAAACUCAACAAUGGAUAUCUCAGUUUUUUUUCUGUACUGUUGUAUAGAGAAUGGUUGGUGGUGAGUAAAAGGCCAUUUUUUCUGCUAUUUGUAAAGUUUUGUUGUUCUUGAUAUGUAAUUGUGGACUUGGACACAAAUUCUGUAUAUAUUAUUGUGAUCUUGUUUUGUUUGAGCAAGUUGGAUGAUGUAAAAUCUUUUUCCUGUUCUUGUGGAAUUUUUGAGACAAUUAAUACACC